CAUACCUCCAAAAUCACGAGGUUAAGGUUAGGGACGUCCCAAUAAUCCCUGAUUGCACAGACCCUGCCCGGAAGUUAUUUUUGUUCGUACGUCUUGAGGGCGAAGGUUACAUGAAUAUUCUGCCGCCGGCACAUACACCUCUGUCGCACUUGUUUGUUUUUGUAUAAAAAAGCAACUUUUAAAAGCGGGCAGUACUGCUACCACCACGACAGGAGCUGGAAGACAUGGCGCGCCUGGUUGCGGUUUGCAGGGACGGGGAAGAGGACUUCCCUUUCCUCGCAAGACAGAUUCCCUUGUACAUCGAUGACACUCUCACGAUGGUGAUGGAGUUUACUGACAGUGUCAUGAACCUUGGCACUCACCAAAUCAACAGCUCUCAGAUGAAGCAGUUUGUUGAGCAUCACAACUUGCUGAAGCAGCAGGACCUGAACAUCGCCAUGAUGGUAACUUCCAGGGAGGUGUUCAGCGCCCUGUCCCAGCUGGUGCCGUGUGUGGGCUGCAGGCGGAGCGUGGAGCGCCUCUUCUCCCAGCUGGUGGAGUCUGGGAACCCGGCACUGGAGCCCCUCACUGUGAAGCCCACCGGCGUGCUGUCUGUCACCAAGACCUGCAUAGCCGACGCAAAGAUGCUCUACACCCUCUUUUACGUCCACGGGUCAAAGUUGAAUGACAUGAUCAAUGCCAUUCCAAAAAGCAAAAAGAAUAAACGCUGCCAGUUGCACUCCUUAGAAACACACAAGCCAAAGCCUUUGGGGGGAAGCUGGAUGGAUGUGUGGGAGCUCAUGUCUCAGGAGUGCAGGGACGAAGUUGUCCUGAUCGACAGCACCUGCCUCCUGGAGACCCUGGAAACAUACUUGCGCAAACACAGGUUCUGUACUGACUGCAAGAACAAGGUACUGAGAGCAUACAACAUCCUUGUAGGGGAGCUGGACUGCACUAAAGAGAAGGGCUACUGCGCUGCCUUGUACGAGGGACUCCGCUGCUGUCCCCAAGAGCACCAUGUCCACGUCUGCUGUGAGACUGACUUCAUGGCACAUCUCCUGGGCCGGGCUGAGCCAGAGUUCUCCGGAGGUUACGAACGCAGAGAACGGCACGCCAAGACCAUUGACAUUGCACAAGAAGAGGUGCUCACCUGCCUGGGCAUCCACCUGUACGAGCGACUGCACAGAAUCUGGCAGAAACUGAGGGCAGAGGAGCAGACCUGGCAGAUGCUCUUCUGCCUCGGCAUCGACGCUUUACGCAAAAGCUUUGAGACGGCGGUGGAGAAGGUGCAGGGCAUCAGUCGUCUGGAGCAGCUGUGUGAGGAGCUGUCGGAGGAGGAGAGGGCCAAGGAGCUGAAGCAGGAGAAGAAGAGACAGAAGAAGAAGAACAGACGCAAAAACAAGUGUGGCUUCGACAUGUCUGAGCAGGAGGCCGAGGGCAAGGACAAGAGCCUGGAUGAGGGUUCAUUAGAGUCUGUGGAGAGCGGUGGCUGCAAGGCCUGUGGAAGCCGAGAGGAGGAGGGGCAUGUCAGCUGUGUGGAGGUUGUCGUCACCAGCAACGAGAGCACUACUUCCUGCAGCUGCCCAGACAGCACCGUGCCCAUCCCGGGCUCUCCUAAAGUCAAGAAAGGUCUUUCGCCUCACAGUAAUGGGAGUGACUGUGGUUACUCGUCUAGCAUGGAAGGCAGCGAGCCUGGCUCACAGGAAGGAUGUGACGUCGCCUGCACUGAGGGUAUCUGCAACCACCACGAAGCAGGAGACUACUUGUGCGGUCAUCAAUGUGCUGAAGACAAGGAGGAGGAGGGUAUGGACAGCUGUGUGGAGUGCUGGGCCAGCUCUGAAGAGAACACCAAGGGCAAGAAGAAGAAUAAGAGAAGAAAGAACAAUGGCCUGUUAUCUUACUAUCAGGGUCCAAAUGCAGAGGUUUGUGUUAUGGAAGAGAACAGGAAAGGGCAAAACACUGCUGCAACGUCACCCGUGUGCAGAACGAAAGAGACGUGUGCCCAGUUGUGCCUCGACACUUUUUCUAGUAUCGCACUGCAGUUACCAUGUGCAGAACAUCGGAAGAACAUCAGCCAUUAUCUGGAGGAUAGCAGUGCCAAGAGUCUCAUGGAACUACUGGAUGACUCUGAAGUGACUUCAGAUGAAGAGAACUGCCUCACGCAGGAUGAGAUCCAGUCAUUUGUGGACAACAACAAGUCCUUCUACAACAACCGUGACCAGUACCGACAGCACCUGAAAGAUAAAUUCACCAAGUACUGCCACGGAGAUGCAGAUUGGUUUGCUGCUGCCACCACCAGUGUCAAUUAAUGAAUUAGCUGCUGUUGCACUACUCCACUGUCAUGAUAUCUUGUUACUGGGACAACACACAUGGUGAUUACCACCCCUCUGCUCGCACCGCCUUUUAAAGGAGAAAGAAUUCAGUAGUACAUUUUAGUGUCUUUGUUCAAUGAGCCCCCCACCCCCUCUUUGUUCAAUGAUCCCCCCCCCACCCCCUCUUUGUUCAAUGAUCCCCCCACCCCCUCCUUGGUUGAAGUACAUGUGGUUCUUAUUUUCCCACCUCUGUUCAUCCUGUCACAUUCUACCUGUUCACCUUGUCACACCGUCCUUGUUGUCGUCCGUCCCACCCUGACCAAACCCCGCUUCUUUUCUGGUCUCAUUUUGUAGGGCUGUUGGUUUAGAGCACAGUGGAUCUGAUAAUUAAGCUUGCAAGCUGUGACAUUAGGGUUUAGAUGGUAGUUGUCUUGUUGUUUUUUUGUAUUUUCCAUUUUUUUUUCUCGUUUCUUCCUCUGUGACGCUUCAUUUUAGUGGGAAAAGUUGUACCAAUAAAUGUGUACAGGAAUUAUAUAAUCUGAAUAGAUUUUACAGUGAAACAUCCAUUUAUAACAGGGUUUGGAUGUGAUGUUAAGAAGGGUGCAAUGUGUAAAAUUGACAAAAUAAAGAAUAUUUAUUAAUAUGCA